CUAAAAAGUUGCUGGGGCAUUGCACAGACCGAAAGGCAGUACCUUGAAGUUGAAUGUGCCCAUACGGGUACGGAACGCUGUCUUGUACUGGUCCUCAGUUGCUAUAGGGAUCUGGUAAUAAGCCUCACGUAAGUCAAGUGUAGAGAAAACAGAGCAACCAAAAAUGACAUCCAAGAACUCAUCUGCACGAGGUAAUAAGAAGGAGUCCUUCUCAGUCUGAUCGUUGAGUUUAGUGUAGUUUAUGCACAUCCUCAGCGAGCCAUCAUGUUUCUUGACGAAUAGGACUGGCAAGCCCCAGGGCGAAUUGCUGGGCUCGAUGUACCCCUUGUCUAGCAGCUCCGCUAGUUGCUUCCUGAGCUCCUCUGUCUCUAAUGGCGAUAGCGGGUAUGGUCUCUGGGAUGUCGGCUUCUCAUUGGGGGUCAGGAUUUGGUGGCGCUCAUCUGUAUCUAAGAUUUGUCGCAGUGUCUCAGCAAAGACCUCUGCAAAGCGGUCAACCAAUCCCGCUGCUAUUGAAGGCAUCAUGUUGCUACUACACUGUACGUCGACCUUUCGUGGGAAGAUGAGGUACGCCUCUUGGAUAUGGCCAGCAUCGCACUGGUGGCGUAGGGUUCACAGGCUCGAAUGUUUGAUCAAGCCUUCUCGGGUGUUUGUCAGCGCCCGGGCUGCUGUCACAGUGACUACUUCGCCACCAGCAGCAGUGAAUGUCAUAGAGUUUGUACGGGCCUCCAGCUUGGCGUCGUGCUGCACAAGCCAGUCCAAGCCUACUAAGAUGUCAUCCCGGAUAGGUGUGACGAUGCACACUAUGCUCGUAGGCGGCAAGUCCUUGCCAAAUCUGGCCCUCAGAGUGACGCUCUGCAUGGCUGAGUAGCGCGUGCUGCCAUCUGCAAGGCAGAUCUCCAGUGGUGUAGUCAACUGUUGGGUCUUCAGCCCCAGGUUGUCUACAACAGCCUGUGCCAGGAGUGUGCCAGUCGAGCCUGUGUCUAUGACUGCCUG